AUGAGGAAACACCGACACCUGCCCUUCGUUGCCCUCUUUUGCCUCUUUCUCUCAGGCUUUUCCAUGACUCGUGCCCAACAACAAGCAGAUGUCAGGAAUGGUGCUGCUGCCGAUAUAAUAUUUCUAGUGGAUUCCUCUUGGAGCGUUGGAAAGGAACAUUUCCCACUUGUCCGAGAGUUUCUGUAUGAUGUUAUAAAAUCUUUAGCUGUGGGAGAGAAUGAUUUCCAUUUUGCUCUGGUCCAGUUCAACGGAAACCCACAUACCGAGUUCCUGUUAAAUACCUAUCGUACUAAACAAGAAGUCCUUGCUCAUAUCUCCAACAUGUCUUAUACUGGGGGAAGCAAUCAGACUGGAAAAGGAUUAGAAUACGUAAUCCAAAACUACCUAACUAAGGCUGCUGGAAGCCGGGCCAGUGAUGGAGUCCCUCAGGUUAUCGUAGUGUUAACCGAUGGACGCUCAGAGGACGGCCUUGCCCUGCCCUCAGCGGGACUUAAGUCUGCUGAUGUUAACGUGUUUGCAAUUGGAGUUGAGGAUGCAGAUGAAGGAGCGUUAAAAGAAAUAGCAAGUGAACCGCUCGAUACACAUGUUUUCAACCUAGAGAAUUUUACCUCCCUGCAUGACAUGGUAGGAAACUUAGUGUCUUAUGUUCGUUCGUCCAUGGCUCCAGAAGGAGCUGGAGACACAGAGACCCUUAAAGACAUCACAGCACAAGACUCUGCUGACAUUAUUUUCCUUAUUGAUGGAUCAAACAACACCGGAAGUGUGCAUUUCGCAGUCAUUCGAGACUUCCUUGUGAAUCUCCUUGAGAGACUUGAGAUUGGGACUCAGCAUAUACAAGUGGGGGUGGUCCAGUAUAGUGAUGAGCCCAGAACCAUAUUCUCCCUGAACACCUAUUCCACCAAAGCUCAGGUUCUGGAGGCAGUAAAGGCCCUUAGGUUCACCGGUGGGGAGUUGGCCAACAUUGGCUUUGCCCUUGAUUUUGUGGUGGAGAACCACUUCACCCAGGCAGGAGGCAGCCGAGUAGAGGAAGGGGUUCCCCAGGUGCUGGUCCUCAUAAGUGCUGCACCUUCUAGUGACGAGAUCUGGGAAGGGGUGGUAGCCCUGAAGCAGGCUAGCGUGUUCUCAUUCGGCCUUGGCACCCAGGCCGCUUCCCUGGCAGAGCUCCGGCACAUAGCUACCGAUGACAACUUCGUGUUUACUGUCCCGGAAUUCCGUAGCUUUGGGGACCUCCAGGAGCAAUUACUGCCGUACAUUGUUCGUGUGGCCCAAAGACACAUUGUCUUUCAACCCCCAACUAUUGUCACUGAAGUCACUGAAGUCAACAAGAGGGACAUAGUCUUCCUCGUAGAUGGCUCCUCUGCACUGGGACUGGCCAACUUCAAUGCAGUCCGCGACUUCCUUGCCAGGGUCAUCCAGAGGCUGGAGAUUGGACAGGACCUUAUCCAGGUGGCAGUGGCUCAGUAUGCAGACACUGUAAAGCCAGAGUUUUAUUUCAGCUCCUACCCCAGCAAAAGGGAAGUCAUAACCGCCGUGCGGCGGAUGAAGCCCCUGGGUGGCCCGGCCCUGUACACGGGCUCCGCGCUGGACUUCGUCCGCAACAACCUGUUCACUAGCGGGGCUGGCCACCGGGCUGCCGAAGGGGUGCCCAAGCUCUUGGUGCUGGUCACAGGCGGUAAGUCCCUAGAUGAGGUUAGCCAGUCAGCCCAGGGGCUGAAGACGAACAGCAUCAUGGCCUUUGCCAUCGGGAACAAGGCCGCUGAUCGGGCCGAGCUGGAAGAGAUUGCUUUCGACUCCUCCCUGGUGUUCGUCCCUGCUGAGUUCCAGGCCGCUCCUUUGCAAGGCAUACUGCCCAGCCUGCUGCCACCUCUCAGGACACUCACUGGAACCACUGAAGUUCGCAUAAACAAAAGGGAUAUCAUCUUUCUUUUGGAUGGAUCAUUCAACGUUGGAAAAGCCAAUUUCCCUUAUGUGCGCGACUUUGUAAUGAACCUAGUUAACAACCUUGAUGUUGGACGUGACAAUAUUCGCAUUGGUUUAGUGCAAUUUAGUGACACCCCCGUAACGGAGUUCUCACUAGACACAUACCAGACCAAGUCAGAUUUGCUGGCCCGUCUGAGGCAGCUGCAGCUCAAGGGGGGCUCGGGCCUGCGCACAGGCUCGGCCCUGAGCUUUGUCCAUGGCAACCACUUCACCGAAGCUGGCGGCAGCCGGAUCCGGGAACGCGUGCCGCAGCUCCUGGUCCUGCUCACGGCCGGCCGGUCUGAGGACUCCUAUCUGGAAGCCGCCAAUGCACUAGCGCGUGCGGGGGUGCUGACCUUUUGUGUAGGCGCUAACCAGGCGGAUAAGGCAGAGCUUGAGCAGAUCGCCUUUAACCCCAGCCUGGUGUAUCUCAUGGACAGUUUCAGUGCCCUGCCAGCUCUGCCUCAGCAGCUGAUUCAGCCCCUCACCACGUACGUUAGCGGUGGUGUGGAGGAAGUUCCCCUCGGCCAGCCAGAGAGCAAGCGAGACAUCCUGUUCCUCUUUGACGGCUCAGCCAACCUUGUGGGCCAGUUCCCAGCUGUCCGUGACUUCCUCUAUAAGAUCAUUGAUGAACUGGAUGUGAAACCCGACGGGACCCGGAUUGCGGUGGCUCAGUACAGUGACGACGUCCGAGUGGAGUCCCACUUCAACGAGCACCAGAAUAAGCCAGAGAUCCUGAACCUUGUGAAGAGGAUGAAGAUAAAGACAGGCAAAGUCCUCAACCUGGGCUAUGCCCUGGACUACGCACAGCGACACAUCUUUGUGACGUCUGCUGGGAGCCGCAUUGAGGAAGGAGUGUUUCAGUUCCUGGUGCUGUUGGUGGCGGGAAGGUCGUCUGACCGAGUGGAUGGGCCUGCCAAUGCCCUAAGACAGAGUGGGGUGGUGCCUUUCAUCUUCCAGGCCAAGAAUGCUGACCCUGCCGAGUUGGAGCAGAUAGUGCUGUCCCCAGCCUUCAUUCUGGUUGCCGAGUCGCUUCCCAAAAUUGGAGAGCUCCAACCCCAGAUCGUGAACCUCCUAAAGACCGUGCACAAUGGAGCCCCAACACCAGUUUCAGGUGAAAAGGAUGUAGUCUUUCUGAUUGACGGCUCUGAUGGUGUCAGGAAUGGCUUCCCCUUGCUAAAAGAGUUUGUCCAGAGACUGGUGGAGAGCCUGGAUGUGGGCCAGGACCGGGUCCGUGUGGCAGUGGUGCAAUACAGUGACCGGACCAAGCCUGAGUUCUACCUGAAUUCAUACACGGACCAGCAGGGUGUCAUCAAUGCCAUACGCAGGCUGAACCUGCUGGGGGGUCCAACUCCCAACACUGGGGCUGCCCUGGAUUUUGUCCUGAGGAAUAUCCUCAUUAGCUCUGCAGGCAGCAGGAUUGCAGAAGGCGUUCCCCAGCUUCUAAUCGUCCUCACAGCGGAAAGGUCUGGGGAUGACGUGAGGGGCCCCUCAGUGGUCCUUAAGAGGGGUGGAGCAGUGCCCAUCGGCAUUGGCAUUGGGAAUGCUGACAUCUCAGAGAUGCAGACCAUUUCCUUUAUCCCUGACUUUGCUGUGGCCAUCCCCACCUUCCGGCACCUGGGGACUGUCCAUCAGAUCAUCUCUGAGCGAGUGACCCAGCUCAACCGUGAAGAGCUAAGCAGGCUGCGGCCCGUUUUCCCACCAACAAGUCCAGAUGUUGGCAGCAAAAGGGAUGUUGUCUUCCUCAUCGAUGGGUCCCAAAGUGCUGCACCUGAGUUUCAGUAUAUCCGCACACUCAUUGAAAACCUGGUCAACUACCUGGAUGUGGGCUUUGACACUACCCGGGUUGCAGUUAUCCAGUUCAGUGAGGACCCCAGGGUGGAGUUUCUGCUGAAUGCCCACUCCAGCAAGGAUGAGGUACAGAAUGCUGUGAGGCGGCUGAGGCCCAAGGGAGGCAGGCAAAUCAACGUUGGGGGUGCCCUGGAGUAUGUGUCAAAGAACAUCUUCAAGAGGCCACUGGGAAGUCGCAUCGAAGAGGGCGUCCCUCAGUUCCUGGUCCUUGUCUCAUCUGGGAAGUCUGACGAUGAGGUGGAUGACUCGGCAGCCGAGGUCAAGCAAUCUGGGGUGGCACCUUUCACCAUCGCAAGAAAUGCAGACCAGGAGGAGCUGGUUAAGAUCUCUCUUAGCCCCGAAUAUGUGUUCUCCGUGAGCACCUUCAGGGAGCUGCCCAGCCUGGAGCAGAAACUGCUGACUCCCAUCACAACCCUAACCUCAGAGCAAAUUCAACGGAUCCUGGCCAGUACACGUUAUCCUCCUCCAGCUGUUGAGAGUGAUGCUGCAGACAUUGUCUUUCUAAUUGAUAGCUCUGACAGUGUCAGGUCUGACGGCAUUGCACAUAUUCGAGACUUUGUUAGCAGGAUCGUUCGAAAGCUCAACAUUGGCCCCAAUAAAGUGAGAAUCGGUCUGGUGCAGUUCAGCAAUGAGGUCUUCCCUGAGUUCUACCUGAAGACCCACAAAUCCCAGACUGCAGUGCUUGAUGCCAUCCGUCGCCUGAGGUUCAAAGGAGGAUCUCCACUGAACACUGGCAAAGCCCUGGAAUUUGUGGCAAGAAGUCUCUUUGUGAAGUCGGCUGGAAGCCGGAUAGAAGAUGGUGUGCCCCAACAUCUCGUCCUGUUUCUUGGAGGAAAGUCUCAGGAUGACAUUUCCAGGUUUUCACGGGUGAUAAGCUCCUCUGGAAUUCUGAGCUUAGGGGUGGGAGACCGCAACACUGACAGAAUUGAGCUGCAGACCAUCACCAACGACCCCAGACUGGUCUUCACUGUGCAAGAGUUUAGAGAUCUUCCCAACAUAGAAGACAGAGUCAUGAAUUCAUUUGGACCCUCACCUCCUGGGGCCACCCCUGCACCUACCGGAGGGUACAUACCUCCACCCUCACGGCCAGAGAAAAAGAAAGCAGACAUCGUGUUCCUGUUGGAUGGUUCCAUUAAUUUCCAGAGGGACAGUUUCCAAGAAGUUCUCCGUUUUGUGUCUGAAAUUGUAGACACGGUUUAUGAAGGAGGUGACUCCAUCCAGGUGGGGCUGGUUCAGUACAAUUCUGACCCCACGGAUGAGUUCUUCUUGAAGGACUUUUCCACCAAGAAGGAGAUUAUCGACGCCAUCAACAAAGUGGUCUACAAAGGGGGGCGACAUGCCAACACCAGGAUGGGCAUUGAGCACCUGCGGGUGAACCACUUUGUGCCUGAGGCGGGCAGCCGCCUGGACCAGAGGGUCCCGCAGAUUGCAUUUGUGAUCACGGGAGGGAAGUCAGUGGAGGACGCCCAGGAGGCAAGCCUGGCACUCACUCAGAGGGGUGUCAAGGUGUUUGCAGUGGGUGUGAGGAACAUUGACUCAGAGGAGGUUGGCAAGAUAGCGUCCAACAGUGCCACGGCAUUCCGUGUGGGGAAUUUGCAGGAGCUGUCGGAGCUGAGCGAGCAAGUUCUGGAAACAUUGCAUGAUGCAAUGCAUGAAACCUUAUGUCCUGGUGUGACUGAUGUCUCCAAAGCCUGUAAUGUGGAUGUGAUUCUGGGCUUCGAUGGCUCAAGUGAUCAGAAUGUAUUCGUGAGUCAGAAGGGGCUUGAGUCCAAGGUGGACACCAUCCUCAAUAGGAUCAGUCAGAUGCAAAGGAUCAGCUGUACUGGCAACCAGAUGCCCACUGUACGAGUGUCCGUGGUGGCCAACACGCCCUCGGGGCCAGUGGAGGCUUUUGCCUUUGACGAGUACCAGCCGGAGUUCUUCGAGAAAUUCCAGAACAUGCGUAACCAGCACCCCUAUGUCCUCACUGCGGACACACUGAAGGUCUAUCAGAACAAGUUCAAAGUGUCCUCACCCAACAGUGUGAAGGUGAUCAUUCACUUCACGGAUGGGGCAGAUGGAGAUCUGGACGCUUUACAAACAGCCUCUGAAGAGCUCCGACAAGGUGGUGUGCACGCUCUGAUGUUUGUGGGCCUCGAACGGGUGGCCAACCUGGAGAGGCUGAUGCAGCUGGAGUUCGGGCGAGGGUUCACAUACAACAGGCCCCUGAGGCUGAACCUGUUGGAUCUGGACCACGAGCUCGCAGAGCAACUGGACAACAUUGCUGAGAAAGCUUGCUGUGGGGUCCCCUGCAAGUGCUCUGGACAAAGGGGAGACCGGGGGCCCAUUGGCAGCAUUGGCCAGAAGGGCAUUCCUGGAGAGGACGGCUACCGAGGUUAUCCUGGAGACGAGGGGGGGCCGGGAGAACGCGGUCCACCAGGUGUGAAUGGCACUCAAGGUUUCCAGGGUUGCCCAGGCCAGCGAGGAACAAAGGGCUCUCGUGGAUUCCCAGGAGAGAAGGGUGAAUUAGGAGAAAUCGGACUGGAUGGUCUUGAUGGUGAAGAUGGAGACAGAGGGCUGCCUGGUUCUUCUGGGGACAAAGGGAGCCCUGGAAGAAGGGGUGAUAAGGGGCCGAAAGGAGACCAAGGAGAAAGAGGCAGCAUGGGAAUCAGAGGGGACCCGGGCAACUCUGGGCAGGAUAGCCAGCAACAAGGACCCAAAGGAGAGUCUGGUGACAUCGGUCCCAUGGGCCUCGCUGGGAGAGAUGGAAGAACAGGAAGUCCAGGAGAGCCUGGGAAGAACGGUGGCUUUGGUCGAAGAGGACCAGCAGGAAACAAGGGCAACAAGGGCAGCCCAGGCCAGGCUGGCUUCGUGGGAGAACAGGGCACCCGGGGCUCACAGGGCCCCCCUGGUCCCAUUGGCCCUCCAGGCCUGAUCGGUGAGCAAGGCAUCCCUGGACCUCGGGGAGGUGGAGGGACUGCAGGUGUGCCUGGAGAACGUGGCAGAAGUGGCCCCCUGGGAAGAAAGGGCGAGCCUGGAGAGCCAGGACCAAAUGGGGGCCCUGGGAACCCUGGCCCCCGUGGGGAGACGGGAGAUGACGGACGUGAUGGAGUGGGCAGCGAAGGACGCAAAGGCAAGAAAGGAGAAAGAGGAUUUCCCGGAUACCCAGGACCAAAGGGCACCUCUGGUGAGCCUGGGGCAGAUGGAACACCAGGACCCAAGGGGCUCCGAGGCCGAAGGGGAGAUUCUGGACCUCCAGGGGCAGUCGGACAGAAGGGAGACCCUGGUUACCCAGGACCAUCUGGCCAUAAAGGUAACAGAGGCGACUCAAUUGACCAAUGUGGCCUUGUCCAAAGCAUCAGAGACAAGUGUCCUUGCUGCUAUGGGCCCCUGGAAUGCCCCGUCUUCCCAACAGAACUAGCCUUUGCUCUAGACACCUCUGAGGGGAUCACCCAGGCCAGGUUUAACCGCAUGAGAGACGUGCUUUCGAAGAUUGUGGGCGAUUUGACCAUUGCUGAGAGCAACUGCCCGCGGGGGGCCCGUGUGGCCGUGGUCACCUAUAACGACGAGGUGACCACUGAGAUUCGGUUUGCUGACUCCAAGAAGAAGUCCAUUCUCCUGGACAAGAUCAAGAACCUUCAGGUGUCCCUGACCUCCAAGCAGCAGAGUCUGGAGACCGCCAUGUCAUUUGUGGCCAGAAACACAUUCAAGCGAGUGCGGAAUGGAUUCUUGAUGAGGAAAGUGGCUGUUUUCUUCAGCAACAAGCCCACAAGAGCAUCCCCAGAGCUCAGAGAGGCUGUGCUGAAGCUCUCAGACGCAGGGAUCACACCCUUGUUCCUGACAAGCCAAGAGGACCAGCAGCUUGUCAAUGCUCUGCAGAUCAACAACACUGCGGUGGGACAUGUGCUUGUUCUUCCCACUCAGAGGGACCUCACUGACUUCUUGAAGAAUGUCCUGACUUGUCACGUUUGCCUGGACAUCUGCAACAUUGACCCGUCCUGUGGAUUUGGCAGCUGGAGGCCAGUGUUCAGGGACAGGAGGGCAGCUGGCAGUGACGUAGACAUCGACAUGGCUUUCAUCUUAGACAGCUCUGAUUCGACCACCCUGUUCCAGUUCAAUGAGAUGAAGAAGUACAUCGCAUACCUGGUCAGACAGCUGGACAUGAGCCCAGACCCCAAGGCCUCCCAGCACCUCACAAGAGUGGCAGUGGUGCAGCAUGCACCCUAUGCAUCCGUGGGGAACGCCAGUGUGCCGCCUGUGAGGGUGGAUUUCUCCCUGACCGACUACAGCUCCAAGGAGAACCUGGUGGAGUUCCUCAGCAGUCAAAUGACCCAGCUGCAGGGCACCCGGGCCUUGGGUAGUGCCAUUGAAUACACCAUAGAGAACAUCUUUGAAAGUGCACCAAACCCACGGGACCUGAAAAUCGUGGUUCUGAUGCUGACGGGUGAGGUGCAGAAACAAGAGCUAGAGGAGGCUCAGAGAGCCAUCCUGCUGGCUAAAUGCAAGGGCUACUUCUUCGUGAUUCUGAGCAUUGGCCGGAAGGUGAACAUCAAGGAGGUGUACGGCUUUGCCAGCGAGCCAAAUGAUGUCUUCUUCAAGCUUGUGGACCAGUCGACUGAGCUCAAUGAGGAGCCUUUGAUGCGCUUUGGAAGGUUGCUGCCUUCAUUUGUCAGCAGUGAAAAUGCUUUUUACUUGUCCCCAGACAUCAGAAAACAGUGUGAUUGGUUCCAAGGGGACCAAGCAGUAAAGAAUUCCGUGAAGUUUGGGCACAAACAAGUACACAUGCCAAAUAAUGUUACCUCAAAUCCUACAAUGAAACCGGUGACCACAACGAAGCCGGUGACCACAACGAAGCCGGUGACCACAACGACAAAACCGGCAACUAUAAAUGUGCGUCCUGCAAAACCAGUCCCUGUGAGGCCUGUGGCUGCCAAGCCCGAGGUGCCUAAGACAGCCACUGCGCGACCAGUGGCUGCGGCAAAGCCAGUCGCAGUGAAGCCUGCAGCCUCGAAGCAAGCUGCCGCAAAGCCCUCAGCGGCCAACCCCGCCGCCGUUGCCAGACCCGCUGCCAUCGCCAAAUCCACAGCCACAAAACCUGAAGCCACGAGGCCACAGGCAGCCAAACCACCUGUCACCAAGCCAGUCAUCACCAAGCCUGGGGUGAGGGUGUCCCGUGAGAUCCACGUGUCUGACAUCACAGAGAACAGCGCCAAGCUCCACUGGGACAGGCCUGAGCCCCCCAGUCCGUACGUCUAUGACCUCACUGUCACGUCAGCCCAGGAUCAGACCCUGGUUCUGAAGCAGAACCUCACGGGCACGGAGCGCGUCAUCGGAGGUCUGCUCGCUGGGCAGGUCUAUCACGUGUCUGUGGUCUGCUACCUGAGGUCUCAGCUCAGAGCCACCUAUCAAGGCAGCUUCAGCACAAAGAAAACCCAGCCUCCACUUCUACAAGCAGCAAGGUCAGCCUCUAGUUCAACCAUCAAUCUAAUGGUGAACACCGAGCCUUUGGUUGGGACGGAGACAGAUAUAUGCAAGUUGCCAAAAGAAGAAGGAACUUGUAGAGAAUUUGUGUUAAAAUGGUACUAUGAUUCGGAGACCAAAAGCUGCGCGAGAUUCUGGUACGGAGGCUGCAGUGGGAAUGAAAACAGGUUCCAUUCACAGAAAGAAUGUGAGAAGCUUUGCAUGCCUGAGAUCAAAGUCAUGCUGGGCUUUGAAGAGUCCGGGGGCUUUGAUACAGGGAUGCUCGAGGUGUCCCAAGAACUUAUCAAGGGGCAGAAAAGCAACACAGGAAUGGGCGAGAGGUGCGAGAGCUCGGCAGCUCUGAGUGUGGGCUUGUCGUGA